UCAUGUGGUGAUAGGUUUGGUGUCAAGGACGCCAAAACAUAUUCUCCCAUCCAUCAGCAUACACUGUUGUAAGACGUGCAAGAUGAGUUUGCACUGUUAAUAAGAAAGAUUAAGGCAACAUGGCAGUCCUGCUAGGAAAAGCAGCCCUCACGUCUCCUCCUAUGAAAGACUCUUCAUUUGGCCCUGGUGCUGCAAGAACGAAUCUGCCUCUUGAGGAAAUGGGAUAGCACAGAUCCUCAUUGGCAGCACACAGCAAAGCUUUGCAGUCUCCUGUGCCAUCCAGUUGGAAAAAAGGGUCUGACCUGUAGCAAAGCAAGUUUCCUUUGUCUACCAGCAGAAUGUCCUGCCGUGGCAUCUGCAGUGGGUUGAUCUAUUAUCGAAGGAAAAAUCAAUCCCUAUGCACUGUUAACAAAAUAGCAUGCAUUUUAUUCUGCCUACAAAGUGCCAGUUGUGUGAUUCACGGGGAUUGUUGUGUAUCACAGAGUCCUCCUGCACAAAAACAGCUCUUCAUUCGGUGCUUCCUUCCAGAUUCCACUUGCUGUGAGUGCUCCAGCCACCGGACAUUCCCCAGUGCUGAGCAGUGGUCUAUAAGCCCCUUGCUUUGCUGUGCUUUGAAAUGCACUCAGACUGAAUAUGAACAAAACUUGAAAUUUGGUGUCUCAGCAAAGGUAGAGUUGGGCCCCAUCUGUGACCUCCUCUAUGAACACAAUGGUUUUGCAAGCACCGGGGUCAUGCUUCUGCUCCUGAGCAAUUUGGGGUGUGUGGUGCUUUGGGAUGGAGCUGUAUUGCAUAGAGGAGGUUGGGAGAGGUGAGGCAGGAGCAGUUAAAAUGUCCAGAACUGAGAUAGGGGAGGUUUAGGUUGGAUACGAAGAGGAAUUUUUUUCCCCCAGAGGGUGGUGAGGCACUGGAACAGGUUGCCCAAGGAGGUUGUGGAUGCCCCAUCCCUGCAGGCAUUCAAGGCCAGGCUGGAUGUGGCUCUGGGCAGCCUGGUCUGCUGUUUGGCGACCCUGCACAUAGCAGGGGGUUGGAACUCAAUGAGCAUUGUGGUCCUUUGCAACCCAGGCCAUUCUGGGAUUCUGUGAUGAUUCUAUGAUGAUGGCACCCUAUGGGUUCUUAUGGCAUGCUAUGGAUCCUUAUGGCACCCUAUGAGUUCUUAUGGCACCCUAUGGGUUCUUAUGGCACCCUAUCGAUCCCUAUGACACCCUGUGGGUCCCUAUGGCACGCUAUGGAUCCCUAUGGCACCCUAUGGGUUCUUAUGGCACCCUAUCGAUCCCUAUGACACCCUGUGGGUCCCUAUGGCACGCUAUGGAUCCCUAUGGCACCCUAUGGGUUCUUAUGGCACCCUAUGGAUCCCUAUGGCACCCUAUGGAUCCCUAUGGCACCCUACAGGUUCUUAUGGCAUGCUAUGGAUCCCUAUGUCAUGCUAUGGAUCCCUAUGGCACCCUAUGGGUUCUUAUGGCACGCUAUGGAUCCCUAUGUCACGCUAUGGAUCCCUAUGUCAUGCUAUGGAUCCCUAUGGCACCCUAUGAGUUCUUAUGGCACCCUAUCGAUCCCUAUGGCACCCUGUGGGUCCCUAUGGCACUCUAUGGAUCCUUAUGGCACCCUACGGGUUCUUAUGGCACCCUAUGGGUCCCUAUGUCACGCUAUGGAUCCCUAUGACAUGCUAUGGAUCCCUAUGGCACCCUAUGAGUUCUUAUGGCAUGCUAUGGAUCCUUAUGGCACCCUAUGGGUUCUUAUGGCACCCUAUAGGUUCUCUGAGCAGCCUGGUCUGGUGGUUGGCGACCCUGCACAUAGCAGGGGGUUGGAACUCAAUGACCUGUGAGGUCCUUUCCAACCCAGGCCCUUCUAUGACUCUAUGAUGCUAUGGUUAAUAGUGUUCCCUGGCAUCACCACUCUGUGCUUUGUGCCGAUGGGUUCUGCUGGGCUUGGCUGCCCCUCCGUGGUGUUUCUGGGGCCAGCAGAGUCACAGCAGGGUUUGGUUCCCCAUCCGCUCUUCUGUGCAGCGUGUGGAGACAGGACUUUUCCCCCAGGACCUGAUGCUGAUGGGUCAUUCUUGGCCCUGUGUACCCUAAUUACCCACAACCUCCAAGUCUACAAACCCAGACAGAGGGGCAGACCUUCACCCCAAACCAAACCCCGCAUCCUGCAGCGUUUCCAUCUCAUCCUUGUGCCCAAUGAUAGCAAGGUUAAAAACAGAGCGGCGUCCAAAAGCAGUGCAGCUCUGGGGCAUCUGCUUAACCUCCUCACCCCAGGGCAGCUCCCGGAAUAGCAGAGCUUUGCUGGAUUAUCUCACACCUUCUUUCCAUUCUAAGCAGAAUGUUUGUACCGUCGAAACUUCAGGGUCUGUUAAUCAGCCUCUAAGCAGAUUAACGUUGCUAAUGGGCUCGGGGAAGGUCAGAGGUCUUUACUUUGGGACUAAUGUUGAACGUGGACGGGAGCAAAGGGGCACUGCUGUGAGAGCAGCGGGACAGGGAGGACCGUUCCUGCGGGGUUCCUCUUUCUGGCCAUGGGGAAUAACAGCAGCUCCACGGUGGACGACCUGCAGGCGGUGGAGAUCCACCAUUGGUACAAGAAGUUCAUGACCGAGUGUCCCUCCGGGCAGCUGACAGAGCACGAGUUCAAGCAGUUCUUUGGGCUGCGGGGGUUGGACCCCCAGGCCAACGAGUACAUCGAGCAGAUGUUCCGUACCUUCGACAUGAAUAAGGAUGGGUACAUCGACUUCAUGGAGUAUGUGGCAGCCCUCAGCCUGGUGCUGCGGGGGAAGAUGGAGCAGAAACUGCGCUGGUACUUCAAGCUGUACGACGUGGAUGGGAACGGCUGCAUCGACCGCCAUGAGCUGCUCAACAUCAUUAAGGCCAUCCGUGCCAUCAAUGGUGGCGACCAUGAGACGAGCGCAGAGGAGUUCACCAACCGCGUCUUCAACAAAAUCGAUGUCAAUGGAGAUGGGGAGCUUUCCCUGGAUGAAUUUGUGGAAGGAGCGAGGAAGGACGACGAGUUCAUGGAGGUGAUGAUGAAGAGCUUGGAUCUGUCCCACAUUGUGGCCAUGAUCAACAACCGCCGGCACAGCGUGUAAAUGGGGCUGGGGGGGGGGGGCGAGCCUGGAAGGGCAGCAGCACUGAAACAGCCAGACUACAUUCCGUGCGUGUGAGGAUGGCAAUGAGAAGGGAAAGGAACUGCUGGAGAGCUGCAGGCGUCGCAGAGCACGUUGCUGCAUGGACGUGGGAACUGUGCAUGCAGGGCAGGGUUGGAACAAUAGGAAAAUCCAAUGCAGCACUGCCCGGGGAUUUCCUACAGCCCAGAGGCCAAUGGCUCAGCACCCCGAUGAAGAGUGAGAACAGGACCCUGCAGUUAUAGAGAGAAGGGCCUCACGGCAAGAAAAGGGAAAGUAGCUUCACAGAGUAGAAAUAAGGGGCAAAUAGAGAUAGUUUAUGUAGAGAGCAUUAGAAAACAAGGGGUUCCAAGCACCCACUGCAACCCCCACCCCCUUUCAUAUCCAGCCGUGCUCCUAAAGAGGUUAAAUUCCUCGGGAAAAGACCCUCGGGAAAGUGAAGUCCUGUCACAGUUACCUAGAUAGAUCUGUGCCCGUGACAGGGGGGCAGUAGGCUCGCGGGCCCCCUCCCCCCCCGGCUUCCCGAGAAAAAAAGAAACAGAGCAGAGGCAACGAUGUAAGAAGGAGGACUUAUUUUACUAACGACGAUGUUGGAGUGCAAGAUGACACAGUAUAAUGCGAUCUCAUUGGGAGUAAGGAUAAUGAAUGGAAUGGAAUGAGAGAGAGCGGAAGAGCGAUAGGGAGAGAGAGGGAGAGAGUGUCUGUAGUGGAAUUGCGGGGUCACAGCCUGAACCGAUGGGUGCGCUCUGUGAGUGUGUGAGUGCGGCGGCGCGGCGCUACGAACGGGGAGGGACACAUUGCUCAGCUCGGCUCUGCCUGCGCGCUGCUGCCGGGAGGGGUGAGUCGAUUCUUUUGGGUAUCUUUCCCUCGUGUGCCUAUUUCUUAAAUAAAGGCUUUGCCAUUGCCUUCAUUUGCUCUA